AUGGAGCCAGCCAACAGGACAGAGGAGGUGUGGGAGUUCUUUCUGCAAGGCUUUUCUGGCUCUCCGAUCCUGGAGCACCUGCUCUUCCCACUGUGCUCAGCCAUGUACCUGGUGACGCUGUUGGGCAACACGGCCAUCGUGUUGGUAAGCCUGUUGGAUGCCCGCCUGCACACGCCCAUGUACUUCUUCCUGGGCAACCUCUCUGUCCUGGACAUCUGCUACACCACCUCCUUUGUGCCACUGAUGCUGGUGCACCUCCUGUCACCCAGCAAGACCAUCUCCUUCGCUGGCUGUGCCGUGCAGAUGUGCCUGAGCCUGGCUACAGGCUCCACUGAGUGCCUGCUGCUUGCCAUCAUGGCCUAUGACCGCUACCUGGCCAUCUGCCGGCCCCUCCGGUAUCCGGUGCUCAUGAGCCGUCCGCUGUGCUGGCUGCUGGCGGCCUCUGCCUGGGGCCUUUGCCUGCUCAAGUCCACCUCGGAGACCGUCCUCGCCAUGAGGCUGCCCUUCUGUGGCCACCGUGUCGUCAGCCAUUUCACCUGCGAGAUCCUCGCAGUAAUGAAGCUGGCUUGUGGUGACACGGCGGUGAAUGAGGCCUUCCUGCUGGUGGGUGCCAUCCUGCUGCUGCCUGUGCCCCUGGCUCUCAUCUGCCUGUCCUACACACUGAUUCUGGUUGCCGUGCUGAGGACGCCCUCAGCUGCCAGCCGCCGCAAGGCCUUCUCCACCUGCUCUGCGCACCUGGCCGUCGUGUUGCUCUUCUAUGGCACUGUCAGCUUCAUGUACAUGAGACCCAGGAGCAAGGAGGCACGCAUCUCAGACCAGGCCUUCACAGUGCUCUACGCCGUGGUCACCCCCAUGCUAAACCCCAUCAUCUAUAGCCUAAGGAACAAGGAGGUGCGGGAAGCUGCCCGGAAAGUGUGGGGCCAGAGAUGCGCCUGCAGGUGA